CUCAGUGCAAGCAGGUGUACAGUGUACUGCACAAGACAUUUAGGACCUAUAACUUUUAGCUUGGAUACCGUAUCGAUAUUUAAAAAAAAAAAAAAAACCAUUGAGAAGUGGAUCCAUCAUGGCAGUAUCCAGUGUGUCCAUGUCAGGUUCCACUGGCACCAGCAUGGAAUUUGCUGACUACAGUCUCUAUAGCAACCUGUCUGAUGAUGAACUCUUACAGCUAGCAAUUGAACGCAGCCUCGCCGAUGCUCAUAACAGCGGGUCGGGGACUGAAAGCACAAAUACCACCUCUGCUUUAACCAGACCAGCAUCAUCAGGCACAGUUCCUCCAUCACAUCAUGCUCAGCAGCAGCCUCAACCAUAUGCGUGCCCUGCCAAUCCCCCUAGAGAACUAACAAACUCUGAUGCUGUGUCUUCGGUCAGCCACUUCAUCACCGUUAGUGGCAAGCGGAUGGUGGCCUACCGAAGAUAUGACGGCUCUCUUCAUAUCACAUCUGAACCUGAAGAAGAGACGGAUCCUCUUGUUAAGGCCAUUUGGGAAGGUGAUGUAGAGACAGUGUGGCUAAUGGUUAAAAAGCCUGGGUGCAACCUUCUUAAAGCUAACAGAUUUGGAUGGAUUCCUCUGCAUGAGGCAGCAUAUUAUGGACAAUAUCAAUGUAUUAAAGUUCUGUUGAAAGCUCAACCUGGGAUGGUUAACCAGCGCACUUUAAAGGAUCAGACUGCCUUGUUGUUAGCUGUGAGCCGGGAUCAUCUAACAUGUGCCGAGUCUCUUCUCGAGAAAGGGGCUGACCCUGAUAUCACCAAUAAAGAAAGGGAGACUCCACUAUACAAAGCUUGUGAAAGGGAGAACCCGGAGAUGGUCGUCAUGCUACUAAAAUACAGUGCAGCAGUGAAUAAGAACUGUAUUCAAGGCUGGACCGCUCUCCACGAGGCUGUGUGCAGGAACAAUGUGGAAAUCUGUGAGAUACUUGUAAAAGCUGGAGCCAAGGUCAGCAUACCCAACAUGUACGGAAUCACUCCUAUCUUUGUGGCAGCCCAAAGUGGAAAGGUGGACGCACUUCGGUUCCUUUUAAAAAAUGGUGCUGAUCUUAACAGCCAGGCGGCUGAUGGAGCCACAGCACUCUACGAGGCCUGCAAGAAUGGCCACGAGGACAUUGUUGAGUUCCUUCUAUCCCAAAAUGCAGACACCAACAAGCCUGGCAAAACAGGACUGCUGCCAAUUCAUAUCGCUGCCCAGCGUGGCAAUGAUGGAACAGACCUCAUGACUUACGGGUGCACCCCCAAAAUUGUCAGGUCAACUAAAAUAGUGUCUAUGCUGAUCCCAGCCACAAGCAAAGCAAGGGUGAGACGCUCAGGUAUCAGCCCCCUCCAUUUAGCAGCGGAGCGCAACAGAGACGAUGUUCUCGAGCUGCUGAUCGAGGCUGGCUUCGAUGUCAACGCCACGUUGUCAAAGGAUCGUUCGAAAAUGUACGAGGAUCAACGCAGCACAGCUCUGUAUUUUGCUGUCAUAAACAACAACAUCGAGGCCACCACCAUGCUCCUAGAGGCUGGUGCCAAUCCAAACCUGGACACGUUUAGCCCUCUCUUGGUAGCCCUGAGGCAGGGUUGCAUACACACAGUUACUAUGCUGAUUGAACACGGUGCUAACGUGAACGCCAACAUCCCCACCCACCCCACUACCUUUCCAGCCACUGUUAUGUUCUGCAUGAAAUACCUGACCUUACUGAAGUAUCUGAUGGACUUCGGCUGUGACGCCCUGUCAUGUUUCAAUUGCGUCUAUGGCAACAAUCCUCAUCCGCCGAUAAAGAUGACAAGUCAUCGACUGGAUGACAGAGAUGAAGAAACGGAAAAGAUAUGUGUUCAGUUCUGUGACGUGAUCUCCACGGAAAACUACUGCCGCUGGGCAGGGCCGAUCAUAGACGUCCUUCUUGACUAUGUUGGCCAUGUGAAACUAUGCUCGAGACUCACAGAACAUCUGGAUAGUUACCCUGACUGGAGCGGCAUCAAAGAAAAAGCUAGACCUCCACGCCCACUGCUGCAGCUCUGCAGACUGAAAAUCCGCCAAGUGCUUGGGAUGAACAGACUAAACAAAAUCCACAAGCUUCCAGUUGCUCCAAGGCUAAUCAAAUUCCUAAAUCAUCAAGAACGAGAACAAAAUUAUAAAGACACUGAACAAUAAAAUACUUUCAGUUGCUCUGAGAUCAAAUUAUAUUUGAAAAGUUUGCAAAAACAGAUAACUCUUUUUUUAUAAGUAUUGUGCAUUCCAAGUCAUUUCAAUUAAAUUGCAGUUGGGUUGUUUUGAUUAAGUAGUAAUAACUAAAAAUACAGCUAAUAACACAAUUAAAACAUGAUAACAUAAUAAAAACAUGAUGAGAUUAUGAAAAUGUAUGAAAAAAAGAGUUAUCUGUUUUUACACAAAUAUAAGAAACUGUAUUCAACAAUGGCUGCAAAAUGCCACAAACGCUUAUGUGUAAUUUUCAAGCAGAAGCAGAAUUUAGGGGACAUGUUUAUUAUAUUGCUGCUGUCCUUCUGAAACCUUGUUUUUCCAUAUUUUGUAAUAUUUAUUAUUUGCAGUAAGUUAUUAUUAUUAUUACUCAAUUUUUAUAUUUGUCACUGGGUUUUGCCGAUAUCUAAUCAAUAUUAAGUAUUCAAAAGUGCUUGUCUACUUUGGGAACUAUGUAUUUAGUCAUUUAGAAAGUACAGUGUUCUUUUCAUUACCUUAAAAACAGCGAAUCUGGACAUCUAAAGUUUCAAAAGGACAUCGAAGCUAUGCAUUUAGUGGGUACAUUGUAAUUUCUUUUUUCUGUGUGUAUAUAUGCUUAUUUAAGAAAAGUUUUGUAAUGGGAGGUGACAUUAAAUGCCAUUGAAGUUUUACUUAUAGAGCUUGUUAAUCGACGUCACGCCGCGUCGAAUAUUGCGUCAUCUUGGGAGGAUGGCUGCUAGUGCAUUCAAUGCAGUGUUUUGUUUUUCUUGUUUGAUUAGGAAAUAUGGUAGGUCGGUCUUGCUGUGUUAAAAACUGCAAUAGCAUUAUGCAGAGGCGUUCAGGAAAAGCCCAUGGUAAUUUUACUUUAGAUUUCUCCACGUAUCAAACAAAACAAGUAACGGUACAUAUCAAAAUAAUAGCCAUGGAGUAGUAUCCUCCCAAGAUGGUGAUGCCACAGCAACAUGCAACAUAGGGCGUGACCUCAGCUUCACAUUCUCUAUUGCAACAUAGUAAAAAUAGUAUUUUUGGUAGCAGGUAUGAAUAAAUAGGUAUUUGUACAGCUUAGUUUAAAAUAAAUGUUUUUAUUUUGCUGUUAUGUUUAUUUGCAAAGCAGGGCUUGGAUGAUAAAAACAGCCAGAUAUCAUAAUUAGAAGUAACAACACUAAGUAAAUACAUCACAUUCUUUAACUGUGAAAUGUCAUUUAUGUAUAUUGGCACUUGAUUUCUUCCAACUGAGUGAGUGUUCGGCAAUAACACUUGGAUUUGACAAUA